AUGGCGCCGCUAUCCGACUACCUCAGCUUCUACACCUCCAUGGCAAAGGCCAUGUUUACAAUCAUUUUCGCACGCCUUUACACACCUCAAAGCCCUCCUCACCGCGAUCUACAAGGCCAAACUGCGAUAGUGACAGGUGCGAACAGCGGCAUCGGUCUCUCGAUCGCAACUGCGCUCGCAAAACAAGGCGCAACUGUGUAUCUCGCCUGCCGCAAUCUCGAAAAAGGCGAUGCAGCGGUGGCUUCCAUCGUUUCGCAACUCGGAUCCGAGGUUAGCAAAAGGGUGUUUUGCUGGAAACUCGAUGUUGGGGAUCUAGAGAGUGUACGUGCGUUCUGUGAGAGGUGGAGAGAGGAGGGCAAGAAGAUUGAUAUGCUUUGCCAUAAUGCUGGGAUAGCGGGGACGCCUGAAGGCUCGAAGACUAAGGAUGAGAAAGGCCGCGACGUGGUUCUUGUUACGAACUUCCUUGGCAGCUUCUUGAUGACAAAUCUGCUCGAAGGAUGUCUGGGCGAGAAGGCAAGAGUCGUUUUCACGAGUAGUACUGGACACUACGCCGCCGCAGAGACAGUGAUGCGCCCGAAUCUGGAAGGCGUGGCAUCCAAGGCCGCCGGUGAUGAGGGUGGCGUUAUGCAGAAGCUUCUGCACAAGACAAAAGCGUAUUUUGGUAUAGGAACAACUACCCUUCAAUCAUACGCGCUCUCGAAAGCACACCAAGUCCUCUUCGCCGCUCUCCUCCAGCGCCGCUUCGACUUCACGCCAAAUAACAGACGCUCGGCACAUGCAUUCAGUCCCGGGUUCACGUCUACUCCUAUCUUCGGCAAAUUUGCCGUCUCUUGGAACACAUGGCUCAGUAAUCCUCUUUUCGCCGUUCUCAAAACGACGGAAAGGUAUGUCGCGGUUGAUACGGAUGAGGGCGCAAAGACUGGAGCCUGGCUGGCGACUUGUGGUGGGGAGGAAGGGGUCGAAGGGGGAUACUGGGAGUGGAUGAGUAGACGGAUGAGCCUUGUCGAGUUUGUGGAAAGGCAGCUUGGGGAGAAGGAGUGGAAAGUGCAAUGUGAGAAGGUUUGGAGAGGAUGGGAGGAGGAUAGUGGCUGUACCUGGGCCACUGUCAAGACUUGA